AUGGAUGUGAAUGUACAAAGGUCUGUAGAGCUUCUUGAUCAAGCUGUUCAUGAAGUGAGCAUUGUGAAAGUUGUUUGGGUUCCUCCGGAAUAUGGGGAUGGAGUUGCAUGCAUUUGUGCCGAUGGAACUUUGUCAUUGUGGGAGGAGGUUGCUGAAGAUACGAAACCCCUUCAAUGGAAGCUUUGCAAAGACUUUGAGACAAGUUCAAAUCAAGUGCUAGAUAUGCAAUUUGGAGUCUCAUUCACAAGUUUGAAGUUGGUUGCUGCAUAUUCAAACGGCCACGUGAAAGUGUAUGAACUCCUAGAUCCAUUGGAACCGAAGAAUUGGCAACUUCAGAGUUUUAGAAUGUUAUUGAUUCCGUCUCCAAAUUUGGAAAGGCUGCAUGCUUGUCUGCAUGUUUCUUGGACUCCACAAAGAGGUGAAAGCCAGCAAUUGAGCUUUGUUCUUGGUUUCAAUUCGAAUGUAGUGCAACUCAAUUCUGCCAAGGUAUGUUAAAUUCGGUAUGUCCUUCUUCUUUGAUUCUUUUUGCUAAUAUAUAUAUGAGAGAGAGAGAGAGAGGUGAUCAAAAGACUUUUGAUUGGUUUUGAUGUAUAGUGGAGUAAAGUUUUAUUUUA